AUGGGUCCCCCUGCUGCCCCGUUCUCCAGGGGUAGAGAUGAAAGACAAGCCGUGUUAGACACGGCGAGGAAGUUGACUUCACAAGAGGAUACGAAGAGAGGUUCGAGUCCGUCAGUUAAGUCGUCCCCCCGAAGCAGUUCCACGUUCACCCCUAUUCCACAAAUGGAUGAAAGUUUCCUCACCAAGAAGGUGGAUCACAUCAUUAAGGAGUAUUUACAUCUCGUGGAUCUAAAGGAGGCAAGAGAAUGCAUCCUUGAGCUUAAGGUUCCGCCCAACCUAACUCAUCUUAUUGUGAGCUCAUCAAUGGAGUCGUCGCUUGAGAAGAAACAAUCGGAUCGUGAGCAUGUAGCGACCCUUAUCUGUGACAUCAUAAAGCAACGGAUUGUUACAGAGGAUGAAUUUCUUAAAGGAGCUGCGAUGAACAUCGAACUUGCCGCCGAUCUUGAACUUGACUUACCCAAAGUAUGGACGUGCAUGGCUGAGCUUGUUGCCCCCGUUAUAUACGACCCGAAAACUGGAAUAAACCUCUCGCAUCUGGUUCCGAUGUCUCAACAAUUGCUAGAUCUCGAUCGAUCAGUGAUUUUUGUGACCGAGAUAUUGAAGAAGAUGGUUACGCUUAUGCCAGCAGAAGGCGUGUUAAAGCAGUGGGUCGACCACAAUCUACAGUGGAGUUCAUUCACUCAAUCUACUGAUCCAACACAGCUGAAUGAAAUGCUUAGUAAAAAUAAUCUUUCAAUGUUUGGAGGAACGUCUAACGGUACUCACGUGUCAGCUGUCAAUCAAACGUCACACAAAGAUUUUUCAACCUCUGUGUCGGAGAUAACGCGUCACCUCGAUAAACUACAAAGACAUGUACCCUUCUUUUAA